AGUUCGCGACGUGACGUGACGCGACCGGAAGCGUUGGGCGGCGGGCGCGAUGGACGAGACGAGCCCGCUGGUGUCCCCGGAGCGGGCGCAGGGCCCCGACUACGGGCUGCCGGGCAGUGCUGUGCGCACGCUGCCGCCCGCCGCCCCCCCGCAGCCGUCGCCGCCUCCUUCCCCCGGUGGCCGCGAUCGCGAGCGGCAGCCGCUGCUGGAGCGUGGGGCGCGGGGCCCCGCGGCGGCCGCGGCGCAGGCCCAGGCCCAAGCGGCGGCGGCGGCGGCCCAGGCUCAGGCGGCGGCGGCGGCGCAGCGGGAACGGAACGACUUCCCCGAGGACCCCGAGUUCGCCGAGGUGGUGCGGCGGGCAGAGCUGGCCAGCGAGAGAGGGAUCUACCCCGAGCGCAUCUCACAGGGCUCCAGCGGCAGCUACUUCGUUAAGGACCCGCAAGGAAAAAUUAUCGGUGUCUUCAAACCCAAGAAUGAGGAGCCAUACGGGCAUCUGAACCCCAAGUGGACCAAGUGGCUGCAGAAGUUGUGCUGCCCGUGCUGCUUUGGGAGAGACUGCCUUGUUCUAAACCAGGGCUACCUAUCAGAGGCGGGUGCCAGCCUGGUGGACCAGAAACUGGAGCUCAACAUUGUUCCCCGCACAAAGGUGGUGUAUCUGGCCAGUGAGACCUUUAACUACAGUGCCAUUGACAGAGUGAAGUCCCGAGGAAAGAGACUAGCCCUGGAGAAGGUGCCGAAAGUGGGUCAGCGCUUCAACCGCAUUGGCUUGCCUCCCAAGGUGGGUUCCUUCCAGCUAUUUGUGGAAGGCUACAAGGACGCUGACUACUGGCUGCGGCGGUUUGAGGCUGAGCCGCUCCCUGAGAACACCAACCGGCAGCUGCUGCUGCAAUUUGAGCGGCUGGUGGUGCUGGACUACAUCAUCAGGAACACAGAUCGGGGCAAUGAUAACUGGCUCAUCAAAUAUGACUGUCCCCUGGACAGCGCAGGCGUGAGGGACAGUGACUGGGUGGUUGUGAAAGAGCCCAUCAUCAAGCUUGCUGCAAUAGAUAACGGUUUGGCCUUUCCUUUGAAACAUCCGGACUCCUGGAGAGCAUAUCCCUUCUACUGGGCAUGGUUACCACAGGCCAAAAUCCCCUUUUCACAAGAGAUCAAAGACCUAAUUCUUCCCAAGAUCUCAGACCCCAACUUUGUCAAAGACCUGGAAGAAGAUCUGUAUGAGCUCUUCAAGAAGGACCCUGGCUUUGACAGGGGACAGUUUCACAAGCAGAUUGCAGUCAUGAGAGGCCAGAUCCUGAACCUGACACAGGCACUGAAAGAUGGGAAGAGCCCCCUGCAUCUGGUUCAGAUGCCACCUGUGAUUGUAGAAACGGCACGUUCCCACCAGCGCACUGCCAGCGAGUCCUACACGCAGAGCUUCCAGAGCCGGAAGCCUUUCUUCACCUGGUGGUAGCUGUGGGCAGGGCUUGGCUGCCUCGGACUGGCACUGCAAGAGGAGCUGAGCUGCUCCUGUGGCUGGGAUUUGAUGCUCUGGGUAGAGUGAGCAGGUUGUGGCUGGAGAAGCCUGCAGCUGGAGCUGAGGAGCCAGGUGGGUUGGGCCCUGUCCCUCUCCAGCUCCCUUGGAGCUGUAUAGUGUGUGUACAGCCCUGCCGGAGGAAGAGCUCAGCAGGAGGCAUGGGAAGCAGUUGGGACCCUGCUUGUGCCUCCCUUCCUCGGCCUGCAUGUGGUUCUGAGCGCACCUGACCAGGCUUUCCAGGCCAGGGUCUAUCCAGCCCUUUGCACCAGCUGCCAGCCUUCCUCCUUCCUGCUGCUGGCCCCAGGGCUGGGAAGGGCUGGAAGGGGGUUGUUCUGCCUUCCGCUUCCCCAAAGGCAUGCUAUGCUCCUCCUCACAUUCUCUCUUCUGCCCCAACCCUGUGCAAGCUGCUUUCCUCAGGGGGAGUUCCUGCUGCCUGCUGGUGUAGUGGGGACCAUAAUGAACGGCUGUUCUCUGGCUGGGGGCUUGAGGAGGGAAUGUAAGGAGAACUCUACUCUUGUCUGCUCCCUAGGGCAGGCUUCAAUGCAAUUUGACACUAAAGGAAGAGGUGCUGGCUUAUCCUGGUUCGGAGGAGGUGGUUCUGGGAGGUGCUGUACAGAGGGUUGGGGGUACAAGCAAGCAGCCUCAAGCCCUCCAUUCCUAUGGUCCAUCCAUCCUGCAGGUCACUGCAGCUGCUCUUGCUUGGCUUUUGUCCCUGUGCUUAGUAAAGUUUCUGGCUGCUGUGCAGCCAGCAUUGGGUCAGCCAGCACAGUUCCAGCUUUGCUUGUGCGUCUGGGGUCCUUUCUUAUGGGAUUGGGGGCUGCUGGGGACAGGAAACAUCUGGAGGAGCUCUUCCUGCGGGUGGGAUUCAUGCAGGAACUGGUGUACUGCAAGCACACGAGGGCUGGUAUAAGCUCCUGGCUGCCCCAGUGCUGCUAACCUUGUGGGCCCGAUGUGAGUGGGUGAGGCAGUCAGUACUCCCCAGAAGCUGCUGAGCUGUCUUGUAUAAAACGGUAACAGGGCUGCUGCCUGCAUCUGCUUGCCUUGAGCUGUGACUUCCCCUGUGUGGGGGAAAGCUGGGGUUGGGUCUCACUGUACUGUUUGCCCAGCUCUGGGGGCUGGGGGAAAGUAAAGCCUGGGACUGUGCUGCUGGGGGCUGAGGGAGGGCAGCUCACUCGUCUCCUACUUGCACAAGGGGCUCAGCGGUGGCUGUCCUGAGGGUGCUGAAAACAGGGGUGUAGAAGUGAGACCUCAGCUCCCAGGCCUGGCUACAUCUCUGUCUGACCCCAAAUGUAUUGUUCUAAUGCACUGUAGAAAUGUAUGUAAUGUAUUUAAACCAUGCAACUGUCUGAAUAACAGAGCUGCAGUUCA